AUGCACUCAUUACAUUCAAAUUUUUCUAAACCUGCAGAAGACGCAAAAGACGCAAAAGAACCCUUGCCCGAUGAUAUCUUAACCGACCAAAAACGAUCUCGACGAUUGAGCAAUAUAAAUAUUCAUGGCAUCUCGACAUCUGAUGUUGGCUCACCAAAUCAACGACCAAUUGAUUCUACAGCAACAUUAUCGGGACGACUAAUGCCCGAUCUGAUGUAUUCAAACGAAUAUAACGAACCAAAUGCCUACCAAAAAGACCAGCUACGGAAUGAACGCAUUUAUAAUUUACAACCUUAUUAUAAUCAAACUGGUGCAGAGGCAACAAGGAGAAGUGCUAGAAAACCCAUCAAUCGCCCAAUUACGUCUAAUGCAAGUGCUCCCAAUUUGUUUGACAAUGUGAAACCUCCCGGCGAACAUGGCAAGGGUAUUCCUCAAAAACAAAAACCCCUUUCUCCACAACCAUUUCGCCCACCACCGCGAACUCCCAAAGACGUUCGUGCCAAGGACAAUAGCGAUAAUGACUCUGACGAUGUUCGCGGUCAAGACCUUUUACGUUACGCACCUCGUGAACAAAUUUCUCUACUCGCUUCUAAACUCGAAAAGACGAAAAACAAACUUAAAGCAAAGGCUGAGGAGUCUCGGACGUUAAGAAGAGAAGCAGACGAAAAAUACAGGCAAUAUGAAGAACAGAUUCAAGAGCUUAGAAACGAGCUUAGCAAUGUGAAUCAGCUAAACAAUAGUUAUACGGAAGCGUGUCGGGAAAAGGAAGAAUUAACUAAACAAGUGAACAAAGCUAAAGAAGAAAAAGAGGCCAUCCUUGCAAAGCAUGAAAAUGAUAGAUUAUUGCAGCAGAGGGCUCAUGAAAGUGCUGAAGCAGAAGUCCGAAAGUUGCGCAAAGAAAUGCAAAAACUGAAAGAAGAAGCUUCAGCUUAUCAAUCGGCUCUUGGUUCGGCAACCAACAUCCGGUGGAGCGAUGACGACUCUAACAAUUCAGUCCAACUUACCAAAGCGAUCAACGACCUCCAACACCUUCUCAGUGACUUGUGUAAAGUCAAAGGUGCUAGCGUGAAAAUCAACGAGGAAGCAGCCGCAGAGCUACUACGUCAAUACAAAUGCGAGACAAAAAUGACAGAUAAACGACCGAAACCUGUUCUGAGUGCUUGUCUUCAACGACUAGUUUUAGAAACGAUAUUCUCACAUAUAGAUGCCUUUAUAAAUGGUAGUCUUGAAAUAGCUACUAAUGGACGUCAACCACCGGAUGAGGAUCUUGAGGCAUCAAUUAUAAGCACGACAAGUCAUCUGGUUUCUUUAGUUAGUCAGUUCUCUUCAUCUCGCAAAGGCACUGAUCAAUUAACAACUAUCACUCCAAUAAAAAUACGGCAACAAAUCUAUGCUAUUCUAGGCUCGCGAGCGUUUGUAAACUCGUCCCACCCCUUCAUUAAAAACUUGACCGACGACCUCGUCACAACCAUGUCGCGAUAUCGAGUUCUUACUCUCGAAGGCAGGAAAAAAGAAGAAGCUAUGAUGGAAGUACAUGAUCUAAUUCAGCAGGCGAUACAUCUAUACUUUGGAUUCCAUGCACAGGAGCCGGUACCAGAUUUUAAGUUUUUCUUUGAGAGUGGCGAGAAGUUAACACCGAGUAUGAUGGCCGGACCGUGGAGUGAAGAUGAAGUCGAAAAUUUAGAAGUGGAGAUAUGUUCAUUCCCUCUUGUAAGGAUAGCCGAUACGAAUAGAGUGCUGAGCAAAGCCCAAGUGAUACCGAGAGGAAAAAACGGAAUGGACGAAUUAGAUGAAGAGACAUAUAAAGAUAGUUUUUUUUGA